AGUAUUUAUAUGUAUACUUGUGUAAUUGUUAGAAUAAUAGUUGUUUUCCUUGAUUGAUUACUUAAUUGGUGCUGAUUUGUUCAUGCUAAACGGUCGCAAUCUAAACAACUUAAAUUUUGGGUGGAAAAUGGGACCCUUAAAGAUUUAUUUUAUGCUUUAUGGCUUGGCUCUGAUUAGCAACAGGGCUUCAGCAUCACAAGAUGAGCAUGGAGAGAUUCCCCCUCGCUCCUGACUGUUAAGGACGGAAAUUCCCUAGGCUCUAAAGCUUCAGUGGGUAUGGAGAGACUGUUAACAGGAGACGUUUGUCAGGAGUUGUUUGAUUGUGCUGAAACUCCCUUUGGACACGAGUCACAAGCUGUAACGAACGAGUCAAAAAAGCGAGGCAAGCGCGUUGCCAAAUCACAAGGAGCUCGAAAGAAGCCGCAACAAAGCAAGCAAAAGAAAAAAGUCAGACCGGGACCCCCAAAACCCCGACCAAAGCCCAGACCAAGACCCCAUCCAGUUGUGCCGCAUCCGCCGAAGCCGAACCCCGCUGCAGAACCAGUACUGGACAUAGCCAAUAUUCCAGUAGCUAUUUUGGAAGCAGUACAAAAGAUGUUGGACAGUUUGCCCCAGAACGGCCCCGUGAAGGUUCCGUGGCCCUAUAACAUAAUUUGCUAGAAGUCAGGAAUUUCAAUGGAAGAUUUUUAAUUAUUGGCAACUGAAUAUACAAGAUUUUGCAUGCCUUCAAAACGCAGUUUUGUAUGUGUUUCCUGUUAAAAUUAAAAAUUUCCCACAAUAAAAGAAAGGCUGGAAGCCAACAAGAAA